CAUGAGAUAGCCGUCAGUUGCCGGGCAGCAGGAGCAGAAUCAGUUUAGCGAUUCUCGGGUUAAGUCUGUGUGUGUACGGACGCAGCUCAUCUGGUCAUCUCGUGUAUUUCUAUUCUUGCCUUUGCGACGUUCUCUUGUGCGCCACAGUUCGGUGUUUGCAUCGAGUCCAGGGAAAUACAGGAAAAUCAGCCAACUACCUGUUGAACGAAGGUUGAGCUGAACAUAAUGGCGGGCUUCCUUAGAAGAAAUCUUCUAACAGUCCUCACUGUGCUGGGUGUCGUUGGAGGAGGCCUUCUUGGAUUUAUGCUGAGACAAACCGGUCCAGGACAAUGGGACAAGAGGUCUGUUAUGUACCUGGCCUUUCCUGGAGAAAUAUUUCUGAGGAUGUUGAAAUGCUUGAUCAUUCCGUUAUUGAUAACAUCGGUAGUGACCGCUAUCGGAAGUUUGGAUCUGAGUUUAUCGAAAAAGAUCGCUUUUAGAGCUAUAGCUUAUUACUCGGCAACAACGAUUUGUGCGGUGAUACUAGGUAUAAUACUUGUGACGACCAUAAGACCUGGUGUUGGACUAAAACCGUAUGAAGAUGAUACUGAAGCGCCGAAGAUGAGACAUGUGACCACUCAGGAUACCCUCCUGGAUUUGAUUAGGAAUGUUUUCCCUCCGAACUUAGUAGGAGCCUGUAUAACUCAGACUCAAACAAGCCUUUUUCCACCUAAAAACUACAGUAAGGAGUUGGAAGAUUCGGGUACUAAAUACGACAAGUCCACCUGGAAUUUUGACCAAAGUGAAGAAGAUACCACGAACGUUCUGGGAUUGGUGACCUUCAGUAUUGUAUUGGGCAUUGCCAUUGGAAAACUGGGAUCGAAAGGAAAACCUCUGUUGGACUUUUUCGACGUCCUCAGCGAAUCUAUCAUGUUGAUAACUAGCUGGGUCAUUUGGUUAUCACCACUUGGUGUGUUCUUUUUGGUAGCUGCAAAAAUUUUGGAGGAGAAGGACUUCGUAGACCUUAUCGGAAGACUUGGACUGUACUUCUGCACGGUACUUCUUGGCUUAGCCAUCCAUGGAUUCGGAACCCUUUCUGUACUUUAUUUCAUAGGCACAAGAACGCUGCCUUUCAAAGUUAUCGGACAACUAAGUCAAGUUAUUGCCACAGCUUUCGGAACCGCCUCAAGUUCCGCUACUAUGCCAAUCACCAUAAGAACUAUGGACGAGAUGGGUCUGGAUCCUCGCAUUACAAGAUUCGUGAUUCCUAUUGGAGCAACAAUCAAUAUGGACGGUACUGCUCUGUAUGAAGCUGUGGCAGCUAUUUUCAUCGCUCAAAUCAGGAAUAUUCCAAUGAGCUUUGGCAGAUUAGUAGCUGUGAGUAUAACUGCCACGGCUGCUAGCGUUGGAGCAGCUGGGAUUCCCCAGGCUGGUCUCGUAACUAUGGUGAUGGUGCUCGACACGGUAGGAUUACCAUCCAAAGAGGUGAUCAACAUCAUCGCUGUUGAUUGGUUGCUGGACCGAUUCAGAACAACAAUCAACGUAAUGUGUGAUUGUCUUGGAGCUAGACUGGUAGAUUUGCUCAGUCAAGACGAAGUGCAAAGAUUCAAUGAGCAGGACAAGAUAAAUGCUGACCCACAUGAAUUAGUGGAAAUCACGAAAGAUAGUCGUAUUUAAAAUGUAAUUGUUAAAUGUUGAGCACUUCGAUGUUUAUAAGUCUCUAUGUCGUCUAUCUAUGUUGAAAGUACAUUUUCGUACUCGAAUAUAAUUUUUAUUUUCACGCACAUAUUUUCUUCUGAAAUGAGCUUUCUUCUACAAAAUCUCUGAUGUGAAUUCCAGUUAAUAUUAAUGUGUAAACAGAGAUUCAAUUCGAAUAAUAUAAUCUCAUUGUCCUAGAACAGAAAAACUUAGAUUUUGCAAUUAUAUCCGAUCAGAUGCGAAGGUCAUAUGAUAUAUUUUUUAGAAAAUUUCAAUUGCAGGCGCAAUUCGAUAUAUACAUAUUUUUGAAAAUAUACUGUCCUCUUGGAUAAAUAUUUAUUCAAAAUUACCGAAUUUUAACUGAAGGAACUAAGACAAUAAAAUUAUGAUCUUUGUAGUAAUUUUGGAACCAAAUUAACAUAAUAUAUUGAAAAAUAUUUUAUCGAUCAUAUCAUUUUAAGAAUAUACAAACUUAGAAGUACAAAGAGAAAAAUUGAACCUGCUAAUAUUCAGAGAAAUAUUUUAUUCCACUGUAAAUAUCAUGCUCCUUAUGGACUGUAUAAGUGUUAAUUGUUUUAAGUUCGUAGGUAUUAUUAUCGAAAUAUAAGUGUAUAUGUUUAAAACUAUAUAUCAAGCAUAUAAUUUCCAGUGUGUUGUGAACAGUGUGAAUUUAAUAUUUUUUUGUUUAACUUCUUUAUAUAUCAACGAUAUACCUGAUUUAUUCUAAUAUUAACUUUCGACAAUUUAUGUUGAAAUUUACAUAAAUAUAAAAUUUUAUAAGUUAAUUAUAGGGACCAAUUUUGUUCGAAUUUUAAUAUAAAUUUUAAUACAUACUGUUGAAUUAAAGUUAUGAAUAACUUGUUUAAGUUUCAACCAUUACGUCAGUAAUGAUCAAAGAGAACAUACUCUUCAAGUUAUGAUAUUCUUUGUAAACGUUAAGUCUUUAAGACAAUAAACUGCCGUUGAAUUUAAGUGAAUAUUAUACGUGGAUGCCAUAAUUUAAAGUAAUUUAGGUACUUCACAUUUUGUUUUUAUGUUUUGUUUUUUAUAUGAUAUAGGAUGCAUAUUGAAUAAAUUUUAUUGUAAAGAUA